AUGGCUAGAAAAGAUAAAAAAAAUCGUACUUGUAAAUGUUGUGGUAAAACUCUUUCAACAUCACAAAAGCUUCGUCAGCAUUAUACUAGUAAUAAAAUUCUAUGUAAACUUUUUAAUCUUGAGAUAGAAGAAAAUUCGGAAUCUGAAUAUUAUACAGCAGAUGAAG